GAUGUUAUAAAACCAAGAACCACAACACGUUUGGUAACAAGCAUGUUGUGAAAGCCCUGCUUGUGCCAUACUUGCACAUCUUGCAGCCCUUCGGAAACUGGAGUGACCCGACACAUUCCGUGUGUUAUGGGAUGUUACUGAGGUUUAAGUUGAAGUGACUCGUUUGUCCGUGGAGUGGUCUGCUUCCUAGUUAACACAGCUUCAAAAUGCCUGAGGGACCUGAGCUCCACCUUGGCAGCCUUUACGUAAACAAAAUGUGUGCUGGAGUGGUGUUCACUGGCCCGGUCAGAAAAUCUGAAGUCAGCAAAAGUCCUGAUGUGCCCUUCACCUGUGAGGCCUAUUGCAUCACUGCCUCUUCCAGAGGGAAGGAAGUGAAGCUCACGCUGACGCCUAUGAAAAGUGAUGAUUCAAAACAGAGAUCUAAGGCAGGCCAAGCAGACCAGGCCAUGGACGUAGUCUUCCGCUUUGGGAUGUCAGGCUAUUUCCGCUUCACCUCAGAGGAUGAGCUGCCCAAACAUUCCCAUCUGCGUUUUUAUUCUAAAGAGACGCCCUGCAGAGUGCUGAGCUUUGUGGAUACACGCAGGUUUGGCAGCUGGCAGGCCAACGGGACUUGGCAGCCUGACAGAGGGCCCUGCAUCAUGUUCGAGUACGAAAGCUUCAGGAAGAACGUUGUGACGCACCUGUCUGGCCGAGCCUUUGACAGGCCCAUCUGUGAAGUUCUGCUCAAUCAGAAGUACUUCAACGGUAUCGGGAACUACCUGAGGGCUGAAAUCCUUUUCAGGUUAAACAUCCCACCCUUUGUGCCAGCGAGGUCCGUACUGGAAGGCCUUGAGUCAGAAGAUUUAUGUGAAAACGAGAAGCCUUUGAAAACUGAGAUCAAGGACGAAAAGGCCUCAGACAGGGUUAAGAAGGUGAAAGAGGAGACGGGAGACCUGCUCAGACUGUGUCAUACAGUUCCUCUGGAGGUGGUGAACCAAGGUGGAAAGGGCUACGACCCCAAGAAGGAGGACUACUCUGAGUUUAAGGCAUGGCUGAAGUGUUACUAUGUGGAUGGGAUGAAAUCAUUACGGGACCACAAUGGCAGAACUAUGUGGUUCAACGGAGAUCCAGGCCCCAUGGCACCUAAAGAUUUAAAGUCACCCAAGGCAAAAAAGAGAGCAAAGAAAACAGAGGACCAUGAUUACACGGAUAAGAAAAAGGGGGCCAAAGGAGGCUCAAAAAGCACACCAAAGAAGAAGGUGGUCAAACAGGAAACCAAAACAGCAAAGAAAGAAAUCGAGAAGUCUGAAGAAAUGGUAUCACCUCAAAAAAAAAAGAGACCAGCUGCUCGUGGGAGGAAGACCAGCAGUGCAGAGCCAGCUGCAGUUGUUGCAGGUCCAGAGAAGCAGAGCGGGAGAGUUACCAGACAGAGCCGCAAAUGAGGAGAAAAGGGAGGCACCACUGUAUUGUGUGUAUGUUUUUAUACUAUGGAACAGUUUUUAAUAAAGCACAGGAUACUGUAAAAGUUC